AUGGAAUCUCGUCUUUCAGAAAUUGAACCUAAAAACCUCAUAGAUCUAGCACAUUUUGGAAUUUGUGUCAACAGGGCAUCAGUAAUUGCAGCCUCCAUUGGAAAAUGUUCCAUCAGUGUUUAUACUUCAAGUUCUUUUUCACCUCUGCAUCCAUCAGAAAUAAAUUUGAUAAGAUUAAAAGACUGCAAGAGAGGCAUUGUGUCACAUCUGUUGAAAAAUGGGAUUCGAUCUGGUGUGAAAGGAGAGGCUGAUGUGUUCAGUGAAGCAGACCUAACAUGCAAGCGCGUGGGACUCUUCACUAUUGAAGAAGCAUUUACGGUAUGUCCCUAUCACAGAGACUUUCUUGGUGUACACUGGCGUCCCAAGACAUCUUGUCAGUAUCCUGACCACCAGGGAAAUGCCAAGCCAUAUCGGAGUUUCAACUCUCUUAUGUCUAAGCGGAUGGUUUCCGAGUUUGGUACUUUUGUGCCUAUAGGUUCUGGAAUAUGCAGAAAAUGUCACGGAGAUUAUUUGAAUCUUCCUUCAUCAGGUAUGAUAGAAGAGGUUGAAGUUCCCAUGGAAGAUAACCACAGAAAUGAAGAGGCAAAUGUUGCAACCUCUAUAUAUCCAAAACCAGCAGUCUGCAUGUACUGA